AUGCCUCCUUCCCACAGGUUUCAGAUAAAAUGUGAUAAACUUGAGAAGCAGAACCAAAUCUUAAUAUGUCAGUACAGCACACUGGACACAGAGAAGAAGGACAUCACAGAAUACCUGAAACACUCCCUUUCAGAAAAGGACAAGGAGCUGGACGAGCUGCUGGAGCAGCUGGAGGGUGAACGUCUGGCCGCCAUCCAGGAAAAACAUUCCCUGCAGCUUGAACACAGCCGACUGAGGCAGGAGCUUCAGGCCCGAGUUGAUAAGCUGACUGAAAAAAACGCAGAGCUCGUGGAGAAACUUGCUGAUCUGGAAGAGUUUCAGAGGCACAAGGAUGAUUUGAUGACCAACAUGGAGAGUCUGGAGAAGCAGCUGGAACGUCAGAAGAAAGAACGCAAAGAGGAGAUCCACAACCUGGAGAUGAAGGCGCUGCUGGAAAAGAGGAGGUUAGAGAAGGAGAUGGAAAGCGAAGUAGCAGCCAUGUCAGAAAAGGUUCAGCACCUGGUGGACCAGAGGCUUCCUGAGAUGACCAGGUCUGUGCUUCAGGAGAACACUGAGCUGAAGACUCGUUUCAGCCAGCUGUCAGAGGUGGCCAAGUCCUUGUUGGAGGAGAACAAGGCGCUGAGGGAGCAAAAGCAUAUUCUCUUCAAGGUUCACAUUCAUCUGAAAGUGAAGUUUGGUUAUGAAACAGUUCAAUAACAGAGGAAACAUUAUUUUAAAAUUGAAUGGGCAGUUUGUUUCUCUAAAACCUUUUUCUCUAGUUUAGGUUUUCUUUACAGAAGUACAAAAAAAAGUUCGGAUGUUUCCUGAUUAAUAAACAGUUUUUACCAGAGAAAUUAAAAAUUAU